AGCUCCGAGAGCCUGGGACGAAAACAAAAAAAGAAAGAGAGGACAUUUCUGCAAUUUUCUUCGUGGAUUCCUUCAUUUUUACCCGUCAAAAUGGCAAGCAUUCUCAAGUUUGGUGUUAAAUGUGGGAUAGCUGGUGGACUGGUGUAUGGCAUAAGUUCUCUGGGUUUAUUCAGCUCUCAAGAUCGUACAAUAAGCUCGUUCAAAAGACUGACCUCCAAGACGAAGGAAUAUGUGCCCGAAGAAUACGUCAGUUAUAUCCCAAAGGUCCCAUCGUCAUUAGAUGUACAGCAAACAUGGAAUUCUGGAGUAAAAAAAGUAUUCAUCUCUCUGGAUAGUGCACCUGAUAAAGCUGUGGAUUUGGCUAAGAGUGCUGCUGUCAAGUCUAAAGACUUUGUACAAAAACAGCUCAAGUCCUGAUAGUCACGCUAGAUACAGUAUCAAAGUGGCAAAGCUAGUCAUCUGUGUUAAAUCUAUUAUAAGGCCUAAUAGAGGAGAAGCUGUGAUUUGUAAACAGCGUUGAUACCUUUGAAUUGCAAACCAUGUAACAUAUUAAAACUGCUUAUUCUUAAUUUUUUUAAACCACAAGUAAGCCUAGCAGAGGACAAAUUCUGCUCUUUGCAAGGAAAAGAUAUCUUUCUUUUAUUUUACUGCACAGCGGCCCAAAAAGAUGCAGAAACAUUUCCAUUAACCUGUGGAUUACUGUAUGUAUAAAAGAAAAAAUAAAUAAGUAAAUAAAAAUCGAGACUCUGGA